AUGCUAACUAGCCUUCUGGAAUGGCCAUUUCACAAAGUAGUUUUGGAUAGAGUACUAGCACAAAAUCAAAACCAAGAAACAUUAUUAAAUGAUCCUGUAGAAGUUUUAGAAGAAUACCAACCCAAAAGAAGAAUCCAAGAGUCUUGGUUUGAUCCAAUAAUGCAACCAGUCAUACUAGAGAAGUGGCAAGCAAUAUUAAGAGAAAGUAAAGCUAACUUAGCCCCAGAAAUAUCAACAAUCUCAUACCCUCUAUUGAAACAAGCAGAUACAAGAUCUCAACAA